AUCGCUGCUGCUGGAAGCGCAUGUACAAUUACUAAUGUUCUUUCUCUCGCUCUCUCUCCCAUUACAUCCUCUGUAGAGUUUCCUUGUCAAAACUUCCUGUAAAUUCUCAAUUCCAAGCGUUUCCCUGCGACCCCCCCCCCCACCUCCUCUUCUUCUUCGACAGCAGAAAAUAAUACUCAGCACUGGCCCACUCUCUUUUUAUGUUACUACUGCCUCUAACUCUGUGCUCAGCUUGUCCACACAAGGGUUAAACAAGCAGGAAUCUGCCACCUUGUAGCCAUUAAGGAUUUCAUGAGUCCCUUGGAUUGUCCAUCACUGGGUCCCACCUACUAAACUGAACCAUUUCUUCAUCAACUCUACUGCCGGCACAAAGGGAUGAAGAUGCCCCGGUCAUGUCUCAUAAUAAAGAUCUUAUGGAUAUUGGUCUAUAUCCAGUUUGGCAAAUCUCUUAAUUCCAAUGACCCCAAUGUCUGCAGUUUUUGGGAAAGUUUCACUACAGCCGUGAAGGAGUCAUAUGCCCAACCCUACAGUCAAUCAUCCCCUGAUACCUGUGACAGCUCAUGGAACUACUUCAAGGACUGCACCCCUCAAAAGAUCCUGUAUCGGACAGCCUACCGACAUGGGGUAAAACUAGACUACAGAAAGAGAUACCGAUGCUGCAAGGGAUAUUAUGAGAGCAACGACAUCUGCGUUCCUCGUUGUACUCAGGAGUGCGUUCAUGGACGUUGCGUUGCGCCAGAUGAAUGCCAGUGUGAGCCUGGCUGGAGAGGAAAAGACUGCUCAAGCGCCUGUGAGGCCCACGUUUGGGGACCGAAUUGUAACGCCACUUGCCCAUGUCAGAACAAUGGGGUAUGUGAUGCUGCCUCCGGAACGUGCAUCUGCCCUCCAGGCUUCAAGGACCCUGUUUGUGAGAAAUCCUGUGAUCCGGGAACUUAUGGAAGUGGCUGUUUAUUCAGUUGCCAGUGUAAGAAUGGAGCGGGGUGCCACCCUGAGAAUGGAGCUUGUCUGUGCCCAGAGGGAUACACUGGACCAUACUGUGAGAUCAGAUGUAUAGAGGUCCAGCCAGCCAACUGCUCAGACCACUGCUUGUGCCAGAGUGGGGGCAUCUGUAACCAGAGCUCCGGCGAGUGCAGCUGCCCACCAGGAUGGAUGGGAUCUAUCUGCUCCAUUCCUUGUCCAGACGGCUACUAUGGACUAAACUGCAAGCAGGGGUGUCUCUGCCACAAUGGAGGCCAAUGUGACCCCAAAACUGGGCACUGCUUGUGUUCUGAGGGCUACACUGGUGAUCACUGCAGAGAAGAAUGUCCUAUCGGUAAAUAUGGGAAGGACUGCGGCGAGAAAUGUGACUGUAUAAACGCAGUGCGGUGCUACCACAUUAAUGGGGCCUGCCUAUGUGAGCACGGAUUCCAAGGGGUGACUUGUGAGGAGCGAAUGUGCCCCCCUAGCUUGUAUGGAAUGCCCUGCAACAUGCACUGUCUGUGCGACCCCCUGCACUCCCAGAGCUGCCACCCAAUGAGUGGGGAGUGUGUGUGCAAACCAGGCUGGGCUGGACUUUACUGCAAUGAGACUUGUCCUCGUGGUUAUUUUGGAACCAACUGCCAAGAGCCAUGUGUCUGUCUGAAUGGUGGAUCUUGCGACAGCGAGACGGGUCAAUGCAUUUGUGCUCCAGGCUUUACGGGAUCUCAGUGUUCCAGUCACUGCCCAAUGGAAACAUACGGAGCCAAAUGCUCUCAGAAAUGUGGAUGCAAGAACUCCCUGGCCUGCUCACCCAUUGAUGGCUCCUGUGUGUGUAAGGAAGGAUGGCAAAAAGGGGAUUGUUCCUUACCCUGCCCCAAAGGAACAUGGGGUUAUAACUGCAACAGAACAUGCGAGUGCAGCAACGGUGCUUCCUGCAGCCCCAUCAGUGGUCUCUGCUCCUGCACCUCAGGGUGGCACGGCAAUAAAUGUGAACAACCGUGCAAAGAUGGAACUUUUGGUCCCGGGUGUAGGAAACAAUGUGAAUGUGAGAAUUCAGACAAAUGUGACCCCAUCACUGGGCAGUGCCGAUGCUUACCAGGAUGGACUGGUCCAAAUUGUAAACAGAGCUGCAAUGAAGGAUAUUGGGGAAAGAACUGCAACAUGUCCUGCGACUGUAAAAAUGGAGCCGGUUGCUCUGCAAACGAUGGAUCCUGUAUAUGUGCCGCUGGUUUCCAGGGCCCAGACUGUGACAACAUUUGCCCCUUUGGACGGUAUGGGAAGAAGUGUGUGCUCACGUGUAAGUGCUCUAAUCACUCCACAUGUAACCACAUUGAUGGCUCCUGCAAAUGUUUCCCUGGAUGGAAAGGCAACGACUGCUCAGAGCCUUGUGCUUUGGGUUUCUGGGGUAAGGACUGCGCCAGUACAUGCAACUGCCAACAUGGAGGACACUGCAGCCCCACAGAUGGCACAUGCAUUUGUCCCAUUGGAUGGACUGGGAAAACUUGUUCAGAAGUCUGCCCUCUUGGGUCCUACGGAGAGAACUGUAUCCACAAGUGCCGAUGUCACAAUGGAGCUGAGUGCGACCAUACGACUGGCAAAUGUUCCUGCCUGCCUGGAUAUCAUGGGGCCUUCUGUGAAAUCAAAUGUCCUGACCGAACUUAUGGACUGAAAUGUCACCAGGUCUGCGAGUGUCUCAAUAACGCCACGUGUCACCAUGUGACUGGCUACUGCCAAUGUAAAGAUGGCUGGUCCGGAAUACACUGUGAAAAAUCCCUCAAUGUGGAGGUACCAUUUACAUUGCUGCCAAAUUCACCCGCAGCGGCAGAUUCCAUAGGCCCCAUAAUUGGCAUUAUCUCCCUGGCAAUCCUGGUGGUGGUGCUGAUUGGCUUCUUCCUGUACUACAGACACUGGCAGAAAGAUAAAGUGACCCGCGGGCUGACUGUUGCCUAUACACCCACGAGGCCGGCCAGUUCACUGUAUGAAGUACCAGACGUCCCCCCAGUUGGAUAUCAACACUUUUAUUCCAACCCCAGUUACCAUUCCCUGUCCCAGUGCGGCCCCUGCCCUCCUCCUGUUCCCAAUAAGCCACAGAGACCAACUUCUGUGAAGAUGGCGGGUAAAGGACAUUUCCCCAAAGUGAAGCAAACAGACAGGGAGCGAAUCGGAGGCUACGGGACAGACUACAAUGCCACGUUGCCGGCUGACUGGAAGCACCACGGCGUACCAUGGAACCCCAGAGACUUGGGAGGGCACCAGAUCGAUAGGAGUUACAGCGUCGGUGUGUACUACAAUAAAGCAAACCAUUAUGUCAAAGACUCCGGCCUGAGCACCAGCUCGCUGAACAGUGAGAAUCCCUACGCCACCAUCAAGGACUUUCCAAUGCUUACAGGGAAGCUCACUGAAGGCAGCUACAUGGAGAUGAAGUCUCCUGUCCAUAGAGAAAUGUCUUAUGCAGAAAUUGGACUCCUUGACGAAGAUGCCCAAUACCAGCAGGACCUCAUGGAGGAAGAAAAAUUCCCUCUUGGGGCAGAGGAUGCCACCCCUAUUCAUCGGAACAAUGUGCCACCAACUAACCCUUAUGAUUCACCAAAAAACAGUCACUUUCCCAGUCAUUAUGACAUGCCGCCGGUACGGCAAUAUCCUCCAUCGCCCCCAGCAAAGCAACAAAACCGAUGAGGCAGCUACUUGAAGAAGCUGGAGAGUCUUCAACUGGACCAAUUGGUAGAACUGCCAUAUUGAACAUCAUUAAGACUUUAGUGGGACUAAGGAACAUUGCAGCUACCUUCUGGAAAUGUCCGGUUAUUUGUUCUUCCAAAGCAUGAAUUUCUUGGUGGGAGUUUUCCACUGUUUACAUGCAGCAUUCAUGUUAUAACACUAGAUGGCGAUCUGCAUUUAAACUCCUGUUUCAAUGUGAAUGGACAGAAAAACUUUUGUUGUGAAUAUUUCUGAAAAUAGUCAAGUAGACUUGACAAUAUGUACAGAAACUACCUUCUAAAGACCACUGUGCUGGACUCUACAGGUCAACCAAUCCUACAUUGUUCUUUCAAGCAGGUCUUUCUAAGUACCCAAUGAUCCUGGAGGACUUAGAUAUCCAGCCAAUAUAUAUAGAAACUACCUUCUAAAGACCACUGUGCUGGACUCUACAGGUCAACCAACCCUACGUUGUUCUUUCAAGCAGGUCUUUCUAAGUACCCAAUGAUCCUGGAGGACUUAGAUAUCCAGCCAAUGGAUUGUGGAUUUUUUAAGGUUUAUUCAGUUUUCUCCAUCAAUGCCACAUGGACAACGAAAUAUUCAUCUUCUGGAGCAUUAGGGAUACUUGAGCCAAAGAUGUUGUAACCUUGAUAUAAUGCACAGAAGAUUUGAAUAACACAUCUUUUUCAUUAGAAGUGGUGCUUAGUGAUGUCAUCAGUUAUAAUCAGUGAUAUCACUUGUCACAUGACUCACUGACUUUUUUCAUAUAUGAAAAUAGAGCCCCAUUCAAAUGUCUAUACAGAUAUAAGAAGUCACUUGACCUUGACCAGGACUCCUGCAUUAAAUAAAGGUUUUGUACAUGUA